ACACUUUCUAAAAGAGCAAUUGCCAAUUGCUGAGGCGCUACAACAGCGAUCCUUGCUUCAGAAACCUGCAUUCCGCAGCGUCUUUCCCAGUGAAACAAAGAGCAGGACGUUCAGCCGGUUUGCACCCUCUCAACUCAACAGAGGUCCUUCCGAUCCUGCCAUCAACGUUGGGACGGCACCGCAGUCCCAAGCGAAGGAGAUUCUCCGCCACCCUGAACAGUGUCGAAAGUGAAGCUUACAGAGAGCUUGCCAAGUCUUUCAAAUCCAAGCCAGUUCUUCGAGUUUGCAGGCCAUUCCCUCAGUAGCGCUCAACAAGUAAGGGUGAGGUUUUUGGAAGCCAGACCAAAUCUUUAGCAGGCUCAAGCCAGUUGUGGAGCAGAAAGCUAUAGCUAAGAUCCUUAACUUUCUCUGCACAUCCAUGCAGUGAAUCUAGUCUCUGUUAAAUGCAAAGCAACAUGGGAGGCGCCAACCACUUUAAGGAGGUUCGCGCAGGGGUAGCUGAGAAGUGGCUAGCAUCCCAUGCAGGGACUUCGCCUGUCGACGGGCGGAGCUCAGAUCAGUCUAAGGACUCCUCAAGGUCUGCAUCUGAUGACAGCAAGAAGGCUUCGUCAGAUGAAGGCAUUGAUUCAUACAACAGGAUUGCAGCAGGUGCUAUACCCGUAACACCAGUCACGUUCCGCGGUACUCUUCAGUCGGCUCCCCAACCAGACCCCAAGCUCUUGCAGCAGUUCCCAAAUCCCCGCAUGCGCUCACAAGCUACGGGCCAGAUGACAUCUCCGCAACGGGCAAAGGAUGCUGGGCACAGUUCGCCUUCCAAACUAUUCAGCUCGUCACUUGCAAACGGGAACGAGAAGCUUUACGAAGCUUACAAUGAUCUGCACAGCUUGGCCCAAGACUUCCAGAAGCCUUUUGACGCUCCUGCAAUACUUGUUGUUGGUCACCAGACGGAUGGGAAGAGUGCACUUGUGGAGGCACUCAUGGGAUUCCAGUUCAAUCAUGUUGGGGGUGGAACAAAGACAAGGCGACCAAUCACACUCCACAUGAAGUACAACCCUGAAUGCAUCGAGCCACGAUGCUACUUGAUCACAGACGAUAGGAGGAUGAAAGAAGAGGAGAGAACCCUGGAGGAGCUGCAGGACCACAUCGAGUCUGAGAACCACCGACUGGAGCAAGAGGCACUGCAGUUCUGGGCCAAAGAGAUUGUUGUGCGCAUCGAGUACAAGUACUGCCCCAACCUGACCAUCAUAGACACGCCGGGCCUGAUUGCCGCAGCGCCUGGCAAAAAGAACCACCAGCUUCAGGCCCAGGCCAGGGCGGUGGAGCAACUAGUGCUCAACAAGAUGAAGCAGCGGGAAUUCAUCAUUCUCUGCUUGGAGGACUGCAGCGAUUGGAGCAACGCCACGACGCGCCGGGUAGUCAUGCAGAUGGAUCCCGAGCUGACGCGGACUGUUGUGGUGUCCACAAAGCUAGACACAAGGAUUCCCCAAUUCGGACGGGCUGCUGACGUGGAGCUCUUCCUCCGGCCCCCAUCCCGCCUGCUGGAUGGGGACAUCCUUGGAAAUACUCCUUUCUUCUCGUCCGUGCCGUCUGACAGAGUUGGGAACGAUCGGGACUCCGUGUUGAGGACAAAUGAUCAGUUCAGAGAGGCGGUCGCAAUGCGCGAGGCUCGGGAUGUGGCUAUGUUGGAGGAGAAGCUGGACAGGCCGCUCCAUGCGGCAGAGAGGGCACGGAUUGGCGUCAGCAGGCUGCGGCUGUUCUUGGAGCAGCUUCUGCAGAGGCGAUACAUGGAGAGCGUUCCGUCUAUUGUGCCUUUGCUGGACAGGGAGUACAGGGGGGCAGCCGUCAGGCUCAACGCAACGAUUCGAGAGCUAAGCAAUCUGGACGGUGCAAAGCUGAAGGAGCGGGGCAGGAUAUUCCGGGAUCAGUACCUUAAGAAGCUCUCCGUCAUCCUGAAAGGAACCGUGGCAGCCCCCACCGAAAGGUUCGGUGAGGCGCUUCAAGAUGAGCGGAUCAUUGGAGGCGCAUUCUCCGGCUUCGAUGGCAACCAGCUCCCCCAGAAGUUCAUCCCGAACGCCAAUAUGCGGCUUUACGGAGGCGCGCAAUACCACCGCGCGAUGCACGAGUUCCGGACCAUCGUGGGCAGCAUGAAGUGCCCGAUCGUCAACCGGGAGGAGAUUGUGAACGCGUGCGGAGUAGAGGACAUCCACGACGGAACCAACUACUUCAGGACUGCCUGCGUCAUUGCGGUGGCGAAGGCCAAGGACGUUUUUGAGCCCUUCCUCCACCAGCUUGGGUCUCGCCUGAGCCACAUCCUCAGGAGGGUCAUGCCCAUCGCCAUGUAUCUUCUCCAGCGGGACGGCGAGUUCCUGACGGGCCACGAGGUAUUCAUGAAGCGCAUCGCGACGACGUUUGAGAGCUUCGUCGAGGACACGGAGCGCUCGUGCAAGGACAAGUGCUUGGAGGACCUUCUCAGUACGACCCGCUACGUGACGUGGGCGUUGCACCACAAGAACCGCGGCGGCCUGCGGGCGUUCCUGGACAACAUGUGCAGCAACAAGGCCGCUUCCGUGCUGGAGCCCCUGGCCGACAUCUCCAACCAGCAGGAGAACGUCCGGCCCGUCCGCAAGCCGGCCGCGCCGGACGCCGACGAGAGCGUCCGCAAAGAACAGUCCCAGGCGCGCCUGGUGGACCUCCUGGAGAGCACGCUGUGGAACCGGCGGCUCGCGCCCAGCUCCGAGCUCGCGUGCGACUGGCAGGACAUCGUGAACGCGCUGGUGUCCCAGAUCUUCCAAGGCAUCCGCGACUACUUCGUCCAGUCUGCCGAGCUCAAGUUCAACUGCUUCUUCCUGAUGCCCAUGAUCGACAGAUUCCCCGGCCUGCUGCGGGAGCGCCUCGAGGUCGCCUACGAGGAGGACCUCGACAACGUCUUCGACGUCGGCACCGUGCGCGCCGCGCUCGAGGCGCAAAAGGACGAGCUCGAUCACGAGCUGCGCAGGGUCGAGAAGCUCCAAGAGAAGUUUGCAAGCAUCCACCACAACCUCAGCAGCGUGCACCCGAUCCCCAACAUCCAGCAGGAAACGAUGAACGACUUUGCGCGGUUGAACGUCCGCUGACUUACAAAACCUCCGUCAUAACUGGGGGGUGCAUUGAUUGGUGUGAUGCGCGUGGCGCAUGUGUGAAUAGGACUGUCGCUCGUACAAUAGACACAGAUCGCGUUAGAACCUAAGAUACUCAGACGAUCUAAAUUGCAAGCUUGAAUCAGGCUUCAGCUGUGUUCAUCAACAGCCUCGGACUGGUAGAGUGCGCCUCUGCCUUCAUCCAAUGGGUUGUCAAAUAUGCGCUUGGUGUGUACCAGAACCAUUAGUGUUCAACUGGAAAACAGCAUUAGGAGGCCACGAGAAUAGCUGCGCCCAAACUGGAGUUCAGGUGCCGGGAAGAAUUUAGUCAAUCCCUAAAGUUGACUACGUACGUAUAGCUAGAACAAUGAUGCGAACGAUUUAUCACUCGCGUGUAUAAGGAUUCAGUGUGCAGAUUCGACAAGGUCAAGC